AUGGGUCUCUAUGGGCUGGAUGAUCAAACUCGACGACUUAUUCGUCUUGAGAACUUUAAGGACAACUUUUCAGUUAAAGAAUUUAUAGAAGUAGUUGCGGUAAAUUAUGAUGGGUUCACAAGCUCAAAGAAUACUGAAGCACUGGAUCCCAAACCUUACAUUCGAACGUUUGAAGCAGUUCUCCAUGAAUUAGAGCGACUUCAAAAUGAUAUUUCUAAUCAUGAAAGCGCAGCAGCAAUUGAAGUUAAAAAUGCUGAAAUAAAGCACUGUCAAAAUGUUAUUGCAACUUCUCAAGAAAUUACUGGUGUGCUGCGCGAUUUUGGAGCACUUGACGAUACAGUUGGUGAUAUUUCAACAGCAACUUCACAGUUAAAUGGCCGACUAGAGAAAUUAAGUCUUCAAUACGAAAAAUCUGUUGAAUCAAGUUUUUUGAUAAACUCAUACCUGAACAUAAAUAAACACAGUUCGUGCGAAGGCUUAGAGCGGUUAUGGGAGUCAAAUCAUCCCGCAGACAAAAGAAAAUGCGCAAAUGUGGUUCGACAAAUUCAAAUUCUUUCACGAAAGCUUGAAGAUGUUGAAAAUGGAGAAAAAUCUAGAGAUAUUAUCGACAAAUUUGCCGAAAAGCUCGAGCGCGAUUUACUUAACGAUUUUGAUACAGCAUACAGAUCUGCCGAUUUGGUAAUCAUGAAAGAGUCGGCAGACAUUUUGACAGACUUUAAUGGAGGAUCCAGUGUAGUCCAAAUGUUUGUUAACCAGCAUGACUACUUUAUUGUCCAGGAAAAUCUUGUCGAUGAGUCUUUAGUCAUGAAUGAUGAGGUCUGGACUAAAAUUUGUGACCCUGAGGGUGACUACAGCGAAUUCGAGGACACUCUGACAAAAAUGGCUACAGGCAUGGAAGAUGUUAUUAUGCAAGAACUUCAAAUUAUUCGAAAAGUUUUUAGGGACCCAGUAGUCAUUCUCAAAGUUUUCCUUCAGCGUGUAUUUGCUCAAAAGAUUCAACUACAAAUUGAGGCAUAUCUUAAAAAGGCUGAAAGUUUAUCAUCGCUCGCCUACGUCCGUACCCUCCACGUCGCAUAUACUAAAAUCAAACUCUUCACAACUUCUCUUAAAUCAGCAUUUUCCAAACAGAACAUUGAUACUAAUGAUGAACUAUCUGCCUUAUUAGACCAAAACUUUUUAGAUAACUUUGUACCGUAUAUUGAAAACGGCCAAUAUUUCGAUGCUGAACUUAGAAGUUUGAAUGAAGUUACUAUGCAGUCUAUGGCGAAAUUUACCGAAGCACACAAUCAUAAACUUUCUAGGGAGCAGUCGCUAUUAAGCAGGUUUACUUCUUCGGGCGACAAGCAAGCUGGACCUCUGCCAGCAGGUACUGCCGGAGCAGCUGUGUCAGACACCACAUUAGAACGCCAUGGAAGUUUCAGUAGUCUUAACAAUAAUUCCAAAGAAAAGGAAACUGGUCGUAUUGGCCAACUGAUACGAGCUGUAAGACUUGAACGUACAAAUUCAGAUCGUAAACCCGGAGAAAAUCAUUUUGGCAUGCAUAGCAGCGGUAGUAGCAGCAAUCUUAAUCAGUAUACUGAAUACGACGAAACUGAUGGUGAUAUUAAGCCAGAAAUGGUCAGAAGAAUUUUAUCUUCAAUGGCAGAAAGCGUUAAACGUGAUUUGGAGAUGAGCGAAGCUUCUCGCAUUCCUGGACAUGCAAAACUCUUUGUGAACCACCUUCUCAAUUCUUUGUGCAAAAAUUGUAUUGACAUUGUUUUAGAAGAAGCUUAUCAAUUAAGUUUAAACCAAGAAAUCAAAUCUCAGGUCGAUUUAUCAUACCUCAAACUUAUUAGCGAUGCAUCAAAUGCCAUAAUGCUCAUGUCAUCCAUGAUUAAAACUGUCAUUUACCCAAUGGUAUCUACAAGUUCACCCCCAAUGCGCACCGUCAUUACAACAUUGGUUAAUACUUACUAUCAACGAUCAGAAACUAAAAUUAACAAGACAAUUUCUAAUACUGUGGAAACCUGUAUUAGCCGGUUGUCAUAUUUGUUAUCUAGACAAAAGAAGAAGGACUUUUUGCCUAGGGAAGAUAGCAUUGAAAUUGUACAGCAAAGUGUCACUUGUACCGAAGUUAUUGUCUUUUUAACUAUGAUCCAUAAAUCUGCCCUGACUGCUCUUGAUGGUGACAACCUUACAAUGCUUUUAGAAGAUAUCGGCUUUGGCUUUAGAGACCUUGUUUUAGAUCACUUUAAGAAAUUUUCAGUGAACCGGACAGGUGCACGCAUUGCUGCAAAAGAUAUUGAUCAAUAUCAUGAAGCUAUGGAAAGAUGGUCUGUUCCUGCAGUUUCAUCUGCAUUCAUGGUUGCUGAUGCCAUUGCAGAAUUGUUUACGGUUUCACCUCAGAAUGUGAGCCAACUUAUCCGCAACACACCAAACCUAUCUCAAGCCAAAUUUUACAACCUUAGAGAAUAUCUAGCAAAACGUGCUGAUUUCACAUCUGAUGGAAUCGUCGAUCAGCUUUCAGCUUUGGAACUGGCAGGCUCCGGUCGUUCACAGUAA